AUGGACCUAUUGUGCGAAAUUCUGAACAAAAGUGAGGCGCACAUACCGUCAGAUUCGGUCUCCAUCGAGAAAUUUAAUGAACUACUUAAUACGAUCUAUUUGUGGCGUAACGACAUGAAAUCUAACAUAAUGAAUAUUAGAGACGAAAUUAAGAAUGAUAUGAACUCUAACUUUAUGAGUAUUAGGGAAGAAAUUAAAAAUACCUUAAGUGACGUCCAAUCUGAAAUUAAGUCUCUCCGAGAGGAGCAUGCCACCCUGAGACAAAAUGUUUCUAAUAUAAACAUUGAAUUAUCGUCCUUUCAAAACUCCAUUCAAUUUCAAUCUGACGAACAUGGUACUUUGAAACAAAGAGUCGAUGAAAUCGCACGUGUUGCUAGUGAACAGACCACAUCAGCAACUGCAAGACAGAAGACAGAAUCGACUCCCUGGAACAACAAGCCAGACAGACAAAUGUUGAAAUCUGUAACGUACCGGAGCAUAGAAAUGAAAACCUUAUAG